AUGCGGCAAUAUCAUCCUAACGUCAACAUUAAUGGUCGUUCGCAAAAACCUGUUUCCCAAGUUAUGGCGAACGCUAUGCUGAACCGUUUCUACUCCUCCAAGAUCUCCAAGUUGGACACUUAUCCGGGAAGUAAUUUUGACACGAAAUCGUGGUACGAAACCCGCAAGAAAACGCUGAACCAAGUAACACGUGCUUUGCUAAUGGAGGAGGACACCGAAUCAGCAGAGUCAUUCGGCUGGCCUAUGUUACAAAAAGCUGUCAGAUCACUUGAAAAUCAUUCGAUGACCUCAAUGAAGAACCUCUCGCAAAGGCAGGUCAACAUGAUGACGUUUGCCAGAGAGAUUCUUCUAGGUGAAGCAGACAGUGAGGUGAAUCCAGACUCAGUGAGGCUGUUCUCGCCGAAAGUGCUGUCCAUUGUUCCGGACAGAGGCAACUUCUCGUCCAUUUUCUCGCCGAAUAUUCUCAGUUUGUACAAUGACCAAAGCAAGAACGAAUUUUUGCCCCUGUCGAAAUUGCUUAACUCGGCACCUUCGUCUGAACAGCUAGCAUGGCUAAGACUAAUAUUGGAGCUAAGCGGAGCCACAGACAACUUAAUGAUGCUUGGAGAAGACUUGCAUACGGGUUUCAAAGACGACACGCUACUACAUUAUCUGCAGCGUCUGAAAGCUGUUGCUAAACCGUUGGCUGAUGUGUUGACAAAUGACACGUCUUCAAAAUCUGUUCUCAAAAGAGUGUUUCGAAGGUUUGAUAGACUGUAUGACAGCCGUCAACGAAAGGAAAUGAACGAAGACGGUUAUACGUUUUUGAACAGGCGCCAGUUACAGCUUCUGUACGGUCCAUUGAAUGCCUUGAAUAUUACUGAACGCCCAAAAUUUUACAACACGUUUCUAUUGGCAAAUGAAGAAGAAAAGGAAAAACUACUCAUGAAUGAGGCACGACAGAUUUUUGGACACUCCUCGAUCAGAAAACGACAAGUGGUUUUGACACCAUCAGUUUUAGCUCCUACAAUUUUGAAUCCUGCUGCAGCAUCCGUUCCAGAGAUACUGAGUCCACUGAUACUAUCACCCUUUAUUUUAUCGCCAUCAAUCUUCGGGCCGAUUGUCUUAAGUCCUCUUGUACUGUCUCCAACUAUUCUAUCUCCCCAUGUCCUUGGAGGUUUAUUUAUCAGCUCUCUUGUUCUGACGCCGGUUAUUCUGUCCCCGCUGGUUCUUUUUCCUCUAGUGAUUAGUCCUUUAACGGUGUGCCCAAUUAUCUUGUCGCCCUACGUACUUACACCACUCAUACUCAGUCCGUUGACAGUUUCGCCUGCAAUCUUGACCCCACUGAUACUGAGCCCUCUUUUUCUUUCUCCAGUGUACAAAGGGGGUCUCAUCGUUUCUCCAAGAGUUUUAGCUCCUGCUCUUAGGUCACCCCAAAAUAGGGUCAUUAUUGUUUCGUCACCCGCUGUGCUGUCGCGUCGACGAAAGAAAAGAUGUAUAAAAAAAACUUUUCCUAAUGAUGAUAGACAGCUUGAUAUGCUUGUCUGA